AUGUCCAGGGGUCGUGACAAAGUCUGCCUGAUAAAGCUCCGCGACGAGCUGGAAGCACUGGGAUACCGCGAUGGAGACACCCUCUUCGGAGCUCCGUACGACCUACGACACGCUCCACCGCCGCCCGGCCAGCCAUCUCAGGUCUACUCCGAUUACUUCGCUCGUCUCAUGGGCCUGGUGCAGCAUGCGAGCAAGAAGAAGGGGGACAAGCCUGUCAUCCUGGUCGCGCAUAGCUUCGGCGGCAGAGUCGUCCUGGACUUCCUCAACUCGACGCCCUUGCCGUGGAGGCGAAGGUUCAUCAAGCAUUUGUUCCUAAUCUCGCCCUCGCCCCCCACGGGCUACAUGCUGGCGGUCACCAACUUAGCCUCAGGAUCGUCCGCCGUCCAGCUCCCAACCGUCUCAUCGCUUGCCUUGCGGCCGAUGUGGAGGACCUUCGCGAGUUCCUUUCUGUCCAUGCCGGCUCCCAGGGUAUUUGGCCACAGGCCGCUCGUCAUUACCAAGGAGAGGAACUACUCGGCGUAUGACUAUCCUGAUUUCCUCGCGGCGCUCGGUUUCAGCACCCACGAGAUCGUGCGCUUCGUGAAACGGGUGCUCCCGACAAUGCUGCGCGUCGACGCGCCGAUGGUGCCGACUACGUACCUCAAUGGCAUUGGCUUCCGGACGAUGGAGCAGGUGAUGUACCUGGAAGGCAGCUUCGAUGCCGCCACGGAGACGGUGUAUGGCCACGGAGAUGGGGCCGCGACUCUUGCUAGCAUCUUGGCGUUCGCCAGGGAGUUGGAAUCGCAACAACGACGAAACAACACAUUCUUCAAGUUCGUCAAGAUUCCUAAUGCUACGCACGCUGGCAUUGUCAUCGAGGAACAUGCACUCCGUAGGGUCAUGGCUGAGAUUCUACAAGCUAAUAAUAGCUAAUAAAGAGUUGUCAUGUGUUUUUCU